AUGUCAGACAAGAUCCUCAUCCCAGUCCUCCUCCCACUCAACAUACUCGUCGCCCUCCACGACAACAAAAUCUCCACCAUCUUUGACGCCGUCGAAGCAGGCGCCAAGUCCGAGAGCGCCAAAGGACAGAAGAUCGUCGAGACCCGCUCCAAUUCUGCACCCGAGUCCUUCUCGGUCAAAGUCUGGGAUUUGGAGGACAUCACCGGAGGUGCCAAGAUCCCCCAGAUCGACGAAAGCACGACUCAGAGACGGCGCGCUCGAGCCGUGGAGAGGGUCUUCGGACGGGAGAUGGAGAUGCUGCAACUCAGCUGUAAUGACAGGUGUUUGUAG